AUUUCUGACUGGUUCGAAUUCACGAUAUGGAAGACCUUUGAAAUUCUUUUUCUUCUGUAGAGAUUACCAAAAUUAUGUGGCUUUAUAGAUUACUUUUAAGUUUUUUACAUAUUAUUUUAUACUUAAGGUUCAUUGUUUUAGAAAUCCUCUGGAAAACGAGAAGAUUUGUUGCCGGCGUUUUUGGUUCGCGUGGCACAUCUUGUAAUGAAAUUCAUUUGCAUUCGAGCCAACUCAACAAGCUCCCUUUACACAUAAGUCUCCUAAUAUUAGAGCCGCAAAUAGUGUUUACAGACAUAGCAAAGCUUAUAGUAUGGUCUAUGGCAUUGGGUAUUUCAUAUAUAAGUAUCUUUGACAGAAAAGGUAUUUUUAAAAAGAAUGCAGCUAAGCUGUCCAGUGAGAUUAUUUACAAACAAAGAGAAGUUUUUACUGAGGAAACCAAGAGAUAUACAUUCAUAUUGAGGACUAGAGAUACCAAGUUUGAUCAUAGUCUAGCACCAAAACAGGUUUGCAUAAGCCUUUUAUCAGAGGAAGAUGGACGAGGAGACAUAGUACAAGCAGCACAAGAUUUUUGUUUAGAAAUUCAAAGGAAAGAAGCAUUACCCAAGCAAAUGGAAGUAGAAUUGAUGGAUCAAAUGCUUAAAGCAACUCGUGGUAUACCUGACCCUGAACUAGCCCUUAAAUUUGGCAAUAUUGAUAUGUUGAUGGGUUUCCUUCCUUGGCAGACACGACUUACAGAAUUUAUAUCAUGCAAGAGUCAUCAUCAUAUAACAUUCUCAUUAUUUCUUGAAAGUUUACAAAAAUAUAGUAAUUGUGAAAAGAGAUUUGGAAAAUAAAAUAUGCAGCUCACAUAUUAAAUACUAGAAAUAUUAUGAAAUCAAGCAGAAGGGGUUCUGUGAUUCUCCAGAUUUGGUGUCUUUGUUUAAUUUAUACAAACUGAAAGCUGUGAUUCUUGUAUAUAGACAUGUGUUGUUUUGCAUAAAAAGACUAUUCAUUAUAUUAUUAAAGGUCUGAUUUCCUGGAUUCUUUGUAAAAUAGAACAGCAUAGUUAAUUUUCAAAUUAAUAAAACAUUUUACAGUUGUG